AUGGAUAGGGUAACAAAUCAGAAACUACGAAAAAGAGAAAAAGGAUGCCAAAAAAUUGAAACAAGUGUUGCUUUGGAUGCGAAAGACAUAUCAGUUACCAGCACAAGUGGAUUCAGGCCUACAGAGACUGAGUUUGAAUAUAAACUCAUUAUUAGUUCACUUCUUGAAACCGGUAAAGACGUUGUGCUCCAAUGGAUACCAAGUCACUGCGACAUCCAUGGCAACGAGCAAGCUAACUUGUUGGCUAAAGAUGCUUCAACAUUAAAUCCACCUUGCCUCCCGAUCCCUCUUCGAAACGCCAAGCGACAUCUUAGGAGCAAUAUCAGGCUCAAAAGAAUUUCAUCUCUCCGUGGCAUUGCCAGCGGAAAAUCUUGGGCUUGUCUUCUUGAAGACCAAACAAGACUGCAACUUUCCCUUCUCCCUAGAGUGGAAGGGGUUACAUCUUUUCGUCUCAUUACUGGUCACGACUACUUACAAGCCCAUCUUUUUAAAAUCGGACUGGCCAGUUCCCCGCUGUGCCCACUAUGUGAAGGGACUAAGUAA